CUCUGGAGGUUGAGAGAGAAGGCACACGCGGCUUCCAAGAAUGCCCGAUGAGGCGAGGCCAAGCAAGACCUCUUCUCGCUCAGACACGGGAGAUGUGCGGAAGCAAGUCGGAGAGGGACAGCGGCCCACUACUCCCCAAUCCACGCACCAUUACCACCGGCCUCCUGUCGUCCACCACUGCUGAUAGGAUGAUGGGUAGAGAGAGAUAAGGGGUGGGGGAUACAGUCCAGAGUCGUUGGGGGCGGUGGCGUUUCUUGCCGGGCAUGCGUGCUUCCUCAAUCUCGCCCCGUCCGCCCCGGACUCCUAUUGCCACCAAUCGUUGGGCCUUUUUGGGUUUUCGACCUCACCUCACCCAUGGGUCAGAGGAGCUCUCCGCCUCUCCCCUUCACACGGCCGCCCACGGCAGGAGAGAGAAAGCGGGGACGAGCAACAGCAGGCCAGGGCAGGCAGGCGCAAGAAACUUCCCCCACCUCCACCUCCUCCUCGCCUUCCGCCUUUAUUUCUUCUCGUCUCCUUCCUCGGUCCUAUCUCCUCUCCUGCUCCGCCUUUUCCUCAUCGGUCCCUCCUCCCCUAUCCUCUGCUCCUCAUCCCCUGCGCUCCGUUUCUUCGGGGUUUGAGGCGAGUGAUCUAGGCCAUGGCGGCCACCAAGAAAACCAAGAUCGUCUUGGCCCAGCCGGCGGUUGGGGCUCCGACGUCGCGGCUGCCGUUCUUUUCUCGCGCGCCCGGCCCGGUCCGAGGCGCCGGGGACGAGGCGGCGCACAGGGCGAGCCUCAGGUACCGGUCCCUCCUCCAGGACUACCAGGAGCUCAUCAAGGAAACCCAAGCAAAGAAGGAGAGGCUGUACAUGGAGAGGCUCAGGAAGAAGAGGCUUUUGGCUGAAGUCAAAUUCUUGCGUAAGAGAUACCAAUCUAUGGCUAAGAACCCCUCUCAGACAAUUGCUUGUAGAGUGAAGAAUCCAGCACUGUCGUCUGCAUCCUGGAGGGCUGCUUCGGUAAGUGACGCCCAGCACCAGUUGGUUCGUGCUGUCGGGAGCUCCAGUAGAAACCAGCUGGUGCAGCCAAGGCGCGGUGGUUCUCCAAGGGUGUAUCCGGCGAUUGACCUCAAUGAGGCCUGUGAGCCGGGUUAUGAGAUGGAAAUCGUCGAAGAGCGCCAUGGCAACAGGGCCCCUCUUGGCAUCAACAAGUCAAAGAGGUAUCCAAUGGAAAGUGAUGCUGCUGCCGGCAACAACUCAAAGAGGUAUCCUAUGGAGAUGGGAAGUGAUGUUGUUGCCGGCCCAACCCAGGGGAGGAUGCCUGUGUUCUGGGAUGUCCAGAACCCAGCAGGGCGAUCUGGGAAGAGGAAGAUCUCAUGUCAGGAUCAACGUUAGUCCUUAGAGUAUAGGUAAACGACAAUGUUAGCUCUGGUACAGCAGUAGUGCCCUAGUAGGAUCAGUAUGUGCCGUUGCUAGCCUGGUAGAUGUAAAGGGAUGGCUGGGACAAUCUUGACGGUUAUCUGCUCAUGUUUAUUGAUGAUGAAAACAUAUGCUGUUGCAUGAUG